CCAACCAAUCGACCAGAGCCCGUCACGCACGACCCGACCCGAAGCCGCCUCCGCCGCCGCCGCCGACCGGAAACCGACGCGCCGCACCCCACCCCACCCCAUGGCCGAGCACGACGCGCCCCCCGAGGUCAGCGCCGGCGCCGCGAGGUCCCCGCCGUCCAACAAGCGCGUCGGCGACGCCCGCUCUCCCCAGCAGGACGUGCAGCCUCACAAGGAGAGGUCCUCCAGUUCCAGAGACAGAGGCAGGGAGCGCGAUGAGGACAAGGACAGGGAGCGUCACAGGCGCCGUGGGGACGAUCGAGAGAGGUACCGGGACAGGGAGAGUGCCCGUGAACGCGGUGAAGGGAGCAGGGAUCGUGAGCGCCACCAUCGCGAGCACCGUGAAAACAGGAGUGAAAGAAGGGAGCACCGUGACCGUUUCGAUGACCGCGACUACCGCAGGAGCCGUGAUCGUGAUGCUGAAAGAAGGGACCGUGAUAGAGAUGGCCACAGAAGGCAUCGUUCCCGCUCCCGUUCAGAGAGCCAGAGCAAACGCAUGAGUGGAUUUGACCAGGGACCAUCAGAAGCCAUUCAUAGACCCGCUCCCGCUGCGACCCCAGGUCAGCUACCUGAACUUCCUGCUGCUAAUCCUGGGAUGUUUCCGAACAUGCUCCCGAACAUGUUCAAUCUCCCCGGCCUAGGACAGCCACUAGCCAUGACACAGCAGGCUACUCGGCAUGCUCGGCGUGUUUACGUCGGUGGACUUCCUCCAAUCGCUAAUGAACAGACGGUUGCCCUAUUCUUCAAUCAAGUUAUGGCUGCUAUCGGAGGGAACACAUCUGGUCUAGGUGAUGCAGUUGUUAAUGUGUACAUAAACCAUGACAAGAAAUUUGCUUUUGUUGAGAUGAGGUCUGUGGAGGAAGCAAGCAAUGCAAUGGCCUUGGAUGGUAUAAUGUUCGAGGGAGCACCAGUGAAAGUUAGGAGGCCAACAGACUACAAUCCUUCCCAGGCAGCUACAUUGGGUCCGAGCCAGCCGAGCCCCAACCUCAAUCUUGCUGCUGUUGGCUUGACACCUGGAGCAGGUGGAGGUUUAGAAGGCCCUGACCGCAUUUUUGUGGGUGGUCUACCCUAUUACUUCACAGAGGCUCAAGUGCGGGAGUUGCUCGAAACUUUUGGACCUCUUCGUGGAUUUGACAUUGUGAAGGAUAAGGAAACUGGCAACUCGAAGGGCUACGCCUUCUGUUUGUACCAGGAUGUGACUGUUACCGACAUUGCCUGCGCUGCUCUUAACGGUAUCCAGUUGGGUGACAGGACACUCACAGUCAGGCGAGCAAACCAAGGAGCAGAACCUAGGCCAGAGCAAGAAAACAUCCUCCUGCAGGCACAGCAAGAGGCGCAAAUGAAGAGACUCGUGUAUGAAGUCGGUGGAGCCCUACCGACAAAGGUGGUAUGCCUUACCGAUGUUGUUUCAGCAGAUGACCUGAGAGAUGACGAGGAAUACAAUGACAUACUGGAAGACAUGACCCUAGAAGCACGCAAAUAUGGUAACCUGGUGCAAGCCGUGAUCCCACGACCCCAUCCCAGCGGUGAUCCUGUCGCUGGAGCUGGCAAGGUGUUUUUGGAGUAUGCCGAUUUGGAGAGCUCGUCGAGGGCGAGGAUGGGGAUGCAUGGGAGGAAGUUCGACGGGAAGGAGACGGUCGCCGUGUUCUACCCCGAGGAUAAGUUCGGUGAAGGAGAUUACGACUAUUAGAUGAUAUAUCUAUUCAGCAGCGUAGUUGGUGUUCCUUUAUAUGUAGUUUAAGCUUGUGGAACUACUGGCAGUGUAAUAUUCUGAUUUCGGAUAUACAAUGUAGCAACAUAUCUUCCUGAGAUUUACUUGCCACUUGCUUUUUAUAAUGGUUCCUACAAAA